AUGGCGUCAGAGCAGCUGGCAGAUGCAUCACAGAAGGUGCUCAAGCAGAUCACCUCUUUGUAUGAGUCGGGCCUCAAUGCGGGCGGCGACGGCAAGGCCGCCGCGGGCGGCAUCGGGCUGCUGUCCAUUGCCAACCACCCGGCGCUCGGGCUGGGCAAGGAGAUCCGCAAGCCCCGCAAGAAGAUGUCUGUCAUGAUCAUCGGCAACCACAGCGCGGGCAAGUCCUCCUUUAUCAACUGGUACAUAGGAGAGCGCGUGUGCAAGACGGGCGUAGCCAUCGAAACGAGGGGCUUCAUCUUUUGCACCAGUGGCAGGCGGCGUGAGACGCUGACGGGCGACGCCACAGUGCGCUACUUUGACCACCUCGCGGACUUUGCGGCGUUUGAGGGCCUCUUGCCCAACCUGUUCACGGAGGUGUCCACCAGCCUGGAGCGGUCCUUCGCGUGCGUUGACUUUGUGGACAGCCCCGGCCUCGUGGACGGAGACAUGAAGUACCCUUUCCCAGUGGAGGACUCCAUCUGCUGGCUGGCAGACCACGUUGACCUGAUCCUGGUUUUCCUGGACCCCAUAGGCCAGGCCACCUGCCGCCGCGUGCUCGGGCUGGUGGAGCGGCUCAACCAGGGAUCGCAUGUUGAGAAGAUUCAUUACUUCAUGUCAAAGGCGGACGAGGUGGAGUCUGAAUCGGACCGGCAGCGCGUGCUGAUCCAGAUCACGCAGAACCUGGCGACUCGCAUCCGCAACAGCCACGCGUUCAACCUGCCCACGUUCUACCUGCCGCACGACGACGACCUGCCAUGCACCAUACCCAACGCCAUUGAGGACGUCUGCAAAACCAUCGACAAGACGAUCGACCAGACGGUUCAGAAAAACUUGCGGCAGCUGCGCGCCGAUUGCGACCGCGUCAUCUCACGCAUAUCAGAGGUUGAGGUGACUGAUGCGGCUAACAGGGAGGCCAACACCGCUCGCACGCUGCGCGGCCUCGGCCUCAGCGUGGCCACCCUGGGCGCGCUUGCCGCGCUGGCGACGCUUUUGGCUAUCCGCGCGGCGGGCGCGCUCUGCGAGCCGGGCGCGCCCGGCGGCGCCUGCGCGAGCGACGCCGCGCAGCGGCUGCUGCUGCGCGACGCGUGGGUCGAGCCCGCAUUCGCGCCGCUGGUCGCGGCGGCGCUCGCGGCGGCGCUGCUGCUGGCGGCGGCGGCCAAGGUGGUGUGGCGCCACGCGCCCGUGCUGAGCAAGCGCGAGCAGCGGCGGCUGGAGGAGUUCCGUGAGGUUGCGCGGGCGGUGGCGCGCGCCAACGAGGCGCUGUACGAGGCCUACUUCAGCACCAUAGCCAGCCGCGAGGAGCGGUGA